ACGUAUAGUAGCCGCCAUAGCUUUGAGCUUUCCCCGCAACAUGAAUAGUGAUAAUGGACGACGCCUUUCUCUGCACAUAUUCUUCUUCCCUUUCCUGGCUCACGGCCACAUCACCCCUAUGCUUCACUUGGCCAGACUAUUUUCAUCCAGAGGGGUGAAAGCCACCGUGAUCACCACCCCUCUCAACGCUUCUCUCAUUCCACACGCCGGCGACGUUCACAUUCAAACCAUCGAUUUCCCUUGCCCUCAAAAAACCGUUUUGCCCCAGGGAUGCGAGAAUCUCCAUUCCGUUCCCUCCCAAGAUCUGAUUCCCGCGUUCCUCAAAGCCACCGCCAUGCUUCGUGAACCGCUGGAGCAAGCCUUGUCACAGUGUGCGCCGCACUGUAUCGUCGCCGAUAUGAUGUUCCCUUGGGUCACCCGUUCUGCUGCAGAGUUUGGGAUUCCGGUGCUGGUGUUCAAUGGCUCUGGUUUCUUCACCUUGUGUGCCGUCGAGUGCAUGAGCCUAUACAGGCCUUACGAGGACGUUUCGACGGACUGGGAUGCCUUUGUGAUUCCUAGCCUUCCCGGUGAAAUCAAGAUGACGAGAACUGAAGUGGGACAUUAUGUGAUGAGGAACGAGGAGCCUGAAACGAUGAAGUUCUUUGAAGCUUCCGAGGAAUCUAAUGCCGAGAGCUAUGGGGUGCUUGUUAAUAGCUUCCACGAACUGGAGCACGAUUACGUCGAGUAUUGCCGGAAGGUGCUGGGAAAGAAGGCGUGGCACGUAGGCCCUGUUUCUCUGUGCAGAAGGCACACUGAUGGUAAAAGAGAAAGAGAGAGCGAAGAAUCCAAUGCGAAACACGAGUGCCUGAAAUGGCUGGACACAAGGGAACCCAGCUCAGUGGUUUACGUAUGCUUCGGAAGCUUAACAAGCUUCCCAAAAUCUCAGCUGAGAGAGAUUGCCAAGGGGCUAGAAGCCUCAGGCCAUCAAUUCAUAUGGGCGGUGGCCACAAGCACCAAAAGCAAUAAUAACAGAGACGAAGACGAAGAAGAAUGGCUACCUGAUGAAGGAUACGAGAAAAGAAUAGAAGGUAAGGGACUGAUCAUAAGAGGAUGGGCACCACAAGUGCAGAUUCUUGAACACAAAGCAACCGGAGCGUUUAUGACGCACUGUGGUUGGAACUCGAUGUUGGAAUCAGUGUGCGCAGGAGUGCCAAUGAUAACUUGGCCAAAUUACGCAGAUCAGUUUUACAAUGAGAAGUUGGUGACGAGCGUGCUGAAGAUAGGGGUUGGUGUGGGAGCUAAGAACUGGUCCAGAUUGGAGAGAGAGAGGAUCGAGUGGGAAGCCAUAGAGAAGGCAGUGAGGAGGAUGAUGGAAGGAGAAGAAGCAGAGGAAAUGAGAAAGAAGGCAAAGGAGCUUGCUUGCAAAGCAAGUCAGGCCAUGCAAGAAGGUGGAUCAUCCCUCUCCAGUUUGGAUUCUCUCAUUCACCACUUGAUUUCAAGCUCCCAUCAUUGAUAGAUGCAUCUUUCAUAUCCCAUAUUCAAUAAUGGUUUGUGUGUAAUGUUAUGCUGUUUUAUAUUGCUACAGACAAAUGAUGCCAGCUUAUAUAGCUUGUUCCGUUAGUCAUAGAGGACAGAGUUUUUAUAAAUAUAAAAAACAAAAAAAAUUCAUGGCACUCGUCACUAGAUUUUUUAAGUCCAUGAAGCUGUAGUAGACACAGUAGCCAUGAUCAAUGAUCCAAGCAAGAUCUUUGGUGGUUAAAUAUCCAGGUCAGAAAGUCUUU